CCUUGUGGUGGAAGGAGAAACCAGAGACGACUGUCACUUGUAGGCUCCGUCCAUUUUCGGCUCUUCGCAGUAGCGUAUGGUCUUCAGCGUCAGGUUCGGCUACGAUAUCAACUUCUUGCUCAAUCGCUCAUCUUCGGUUAAUCUGUAGCGAUGAAGGGUGUUGGGUAUUAUGAUGAUCGGGCAUGUUAUCCAUCUUCAAAUUUGUCAGCUUUCGCUCAACCAUUCAGUGUUAGCAAAACCACGCCCAAGGACGUUUCAGCCCCAUAUGCAGAUUUAGCAGAAGCCGCAGAUGCUAUCCCCUCGAAUCAAUUUCCUGUUCACUCUCGCCCUUAUGGUUAUGAUUUUUUUCCGAAUCCUGUCAGAGAGUUGGAUUCAACGCCUUCCUCAAAGGCAUAUGGAUGCUCGAGCUCACAAGUGUUAGAUCCACCCACUAGCCAGUUGCCUCAUUUUAACACUCUCGGCUUGGCUUCCAAGGACACAUUUGCUUAUGAUCAAUCUUCUAAUAACAUAAAAUCAAGUCUUGCUGAAGCCCAACCGUACUAUCCUUCAUAUAUUUCACCAUCAGCUCAUGUUGUCAAUCCAGCAGCACCUGAUCACUGGUCCACCCUGGACGAUACUAAAAACAAGUCAGAAAUAGGGUAUUCGGGCCAGAGGGUUGGCUUUUGGAAUCAGUUUGCGGAGUUAAUCCAAGGUAAUAGUAGUACGCCGGUGGAGGCUGGGGGCAGUUUCUGCUCAAACGAAGCAAAUUUAGCUGGUCCGCUUAUUGAAGAAAACCUUGUGAACCAAGGAUAUCCCGAUGUUAAGGCCUCAAAUAAUGAUAAAGUGUUACAUUGUAUCAAUACCAUCGGUUGGGAAAAGCAUGGGGUGAGUGUGCCUGUCUGUGUGGAUCAAUUGGAUGAUAAAUCUUGCUGGUGGCAAACUGCCAAUUCCUUGCCAUUCAAUAUCCCGAGUACAUCUAUUCAAGGAUCCCCUUUGGUUUCUCAUGACACUCAUUAUGACAACCGCUUGAAAUUAGUCACAGAUUCAGGGAGCUAUCACUCUUCAUACAAUGCAUCAACUGACCAACUUUUGAUACAGCAUGACAAACCUUCACUGGUCGAUGCAGGAUCUUCAGCACCUAUAACAGGAAUAGAUGUGGGUUUCAGUGUUGGCAAUAUUGCAGCGGGUGGGGACCUUGGAAGCAAUAAUAUUACUAAUAUAAAGGAGGCUUAUCCCCUGCCAAGUCCUAGAAGCACAGGAUUCUUUGAUUCAGGUCCUAUUCACAUGCAUUUAAAUAGAGACGAAUCUACCUCAGCAAACAAUGUAAUGCUUCCAGACAGUCAUGUUUCUACAGGUGUUGUUGAUUAUAUAUUCAAAGCAAGGAAGGAAUUUCAAAAUCCUCAAGCAAGUCUGAAUAAUUUAAGCUUGGGAUUCAGAAAUGAUGAGGAUGUCAAUUUGAAAUCCUUUGAAAAUGUUGAUAAAUGUAACCCUGCUGUGGAUUCACCAUGCUGGAAAGGAGCUCCAGCCACCCAUUUUCAUUCUUUUGAUGGUUCUGAGGCUCUGUAUCCACAACAUGAAAAGUCAAACGAAGAGAAUUUUUCUCUUAAUUUUGAAGGGCCUCGGAACUUUCGUCUUGAUGCAAGCAAUAUCACAGAAAUAUCAUGUGACAAUUCAAAGACCAAUCAAGUGGACAAUGAAACCGACUAUCUGGAAAAGGGUUUGGCAGGCUCUUCAAGGAAGUUUUCAGUGGCAAAUGUUUCAUCUGAAGAAAAUAAUUUAGAAGGUGCAGCAAGUACUGGAUGUUUUGAGUACAAGCCAAUCUAUGAUUAUGGGCUUCAUUAUCUGGAUGACAAUUCUGAAAUGACAGAAAAUAAUGUGCCAUCAAACAAGUCAACAUAUGAUUCUGAGUCUAGAUUUUCCAACAACGAGCAACAGAUUAUGGAAGAAAAGAUGUCUCAGAAGCAGCAUACCUUAUCCGGGGCAUGUGCAGAUGCUGGAGUUAAUAGUAAUGAGUAUUCGAAAUACUUUACAUCCGAUUCAGCAGAGCCUUCACCUUCCUUGCCUUCAAGAGCAGCUGCCUCUACUGCCUUUAAAGAAUCAGCCGCAAAAGCAUCAACUCUAAAAAUAAACAUCCAAAUUCUGGUUGAUACAAUGCACAACUUGUCAGAAUUGCUUCUUUUUCAUUGUUUGAAUGAUACAUGUGAAUUGAAAGAAAAUGAUUGCAGCGUCCUUAGUAAUGUGAUUAGCAAUCUUAAUACCUGUGCUUCAAAGAAUGCUGGCCAAAUGUUUCCUGUGCAAGACUGCGCUUUCCCUCAACCAAAUCCUUCUAAGCAUGUUAGGAAACCGCAUGAGCCUGGGCAGAAUGCAAGGUUUGAGAAACCCCACUUAACCAAGGUGGAUCCAGGGGGCUCCAAGGUUGACCAUGAGAAUCUGCCUGUUCAAGAGAUGAAAGCCCAUCAUUUUGCAUCUGGUAAACUGGGGAGGUUUUCUGAUUCCUUUCCUGCAAAGGGUGAUACAGACAUGAUGAUAGAAGAUAACACGAUUGAGGCUCUGAAAAGUAUUCUCACUGAGAAUUUCCAUGAUGAGGAAGGAGCAGAGUCUCAAGCUUUACUAUAUAAGAAUUUAUGGCUUGAGGCAGAAGCUGCUAUAUGUUCCAUGAAAUGCAGAGCUCGCUAUAAUCAAAUGAAGAUUGAGAUGGAGAAAUGUUCCAAGCGAAGAGAUGAUGUUUUUGAUGUGGAGGAGCAAUCCAAACCAGGUCAUCCUCAUGUAAGCACAGCUCAGAGUUCUGCCGCCAAAGGGAACGUUGACUUAAAGGAGGUAUCUGGUUUGAAGUUUUCUCCUGAUCUGAACAAGCCUUGCACAUUAACACCAGACGAUGAUGAUGGUCAAAACCUGGAUGGUUUCAUCCUGGAUUCUGCUGUUUCUGGCACAAGCAAAGAGAUUGGAGAGUGUGAAGCUUCAACUAAGGCCACAUUCUAUUCUUGUAAUUACAGGGAUGUAAAUACAUGUGUUGAUGCUGCCAAUCUGACGGGACAACUGAGUUCUGAGGCUUCUCAUGCCCUUGACGCGGCAGACAAAUUGGUGUCUGGACGGACAGAUAAUGAAGACCAAGCCAAUUUCAUCCGAAUAUCACCUAAUCCUGGUAACAGCAAGUCUGAUGAUUAUGUAUCUUCUGUUAUGGCUAGAUUCUGCAUUCUUAAAUCCCGGGAUGAAGAGUCAUGUGCCAGUACUGCCAAUACAGAGGAACUACCAAGUUCUAUGGUUUCUGAUGCCCUGAACCCAGCAGACAAAUCUUUUUAUGGGCUGACAGAUAGCAAAAACCAAGCUACUGAUUUCACCCAGGUAAACAAGGAUGACGAUUAUUUAUCUUCUGCUAUGGCUAGACUCCGGGUUCUUAAAUCCCGGGUUGAAGAUUCUAGUUCUGUCUCGUCAGAAGGGCAACUGUUAGAUGGAGUUGAAUCUGCAGGGAACAGAACUGAUUGCCCGAUCACAAGAGAUGCGUCGGAGGCCCACAGUUCAAAUGUCAGUAUAAGUCCUCCCAUAAUGCACCUGAGUUCCUAUGCUGCUGUUGAACUGUCAACACCGAAGGAAUUUCAUCCGAAUUUGGAGGAUGCUCACGAAAUUCAGCCUCAAGGAACAUACAGGUUUGGCAUUCAGCUUCCCACGCAUUACUCUGAUGGCUUCUCGUCAGAGUGGGAACAUGUUAAAAUGGAGGAGUUCACAGGGCAGAGUUUCAAGCUUUGAAAGAGCUGGAGGAAGUUAUAUGAAUGUCUAUGGGUCAGCCGUUUGUGAUUACCUUAAUUAGACAUAUAUGAGUGAGACUGGUACUUUGGUCUGUGGCUUCGUCGCUUCGACAUAAAUAAAUAACUUGGCAUGGCUAUGGAUCUUAUUUCAGUAUUUGACUAGCGGAUGAAUGGUGCAUGUUUUUAUUUUCCUUUCCCAAGUGCAUUUUCACGAGUGUUACGUCAGGAUUAAAUCAGCAAAGUGCCAAAUGGAAACUUCCUAUUUCAAACUAAACCAAAAUUCUUGUCU